UCCCCUCCCGUGCGCCCUCGCUGAGGUUCCGCUUCCGGUUCCGGGGCGUGAGGGAAGAUGGCGGCUGCCGGUGAGGAGGCGGAGGCGGCGGACUGGGCCCUGCCGCCCGAGGUGGAGGUGCUGGAGUCCAUCUACCUGGAGGAGCUGCGGGUGGCGCGGGGCCGCGGCAGGUGGGAGCCCUGGGAGAUCAGCAUCACCCUGCACCCCGCCACGGCCCAGGACCAGGACUCCCAGUAUGUCCGCUUCACCCUGGUGCUCUCCGUGCCCCCCCAGUAUCCCAACAAAGCUCCGGAAAUCUCGAUCAGGAACCCGCGGGGGCUGUCAGAUGAGCAAAUUCAAAAGAUUUCCCAGACCCUUAGAAGUGUUGCUGAAGCCAGGCUGGGGACAGAGGUGCUCUACGAACUGAUUGAGAAGGGGAAGGAGAUUCUCACUGACAACAACAUUCCUCACGGCCAGUGCGUGAUCUGCCUUUAUGGAUUCCAGGAGAGAGAAGCCUUCACAAAGACCCACUGCUACCACUACUUCCACUCCCACUGCCUGGCCCGCUAUGCCCAGCACAUGGAGGAGGAGAUCCUCAUGCAGCAGGAGGAGAGAGAGCAGCACCUGGCGCCAUCCCCCAAACAGGAAGUCGGUGUGCAGUGCCCUGUCUGCCGGGAGACCCUGGUCUAUGAUCUCUGUGCUCUGAAGGCAGCACCCCCCCCGCAGCACCCGCUGGAGCCAUACAGGCCGGACGCCAAGAUGCUGCAGCACCAGGAAGAACUGCGCUUAAUUUUCAAGAGACAGCAAGAGAAAGGGGGCAUCAUUGACCCUGAAGCAGAGAGGAACCGUUACUUCAUCAGCCUCCAGGCGCCUCCAGCUGCUGUCGAUCCAGGCCAAGCAGCCGCUGCCUCUGAGCUGCCAGUGAGUGCAGGUGCUGUGGAUGUGCCCCAGCCGCCCAGCCAAGCCUUGGCUCCAGAGCCAGCUGGGGCACCGGUGGCCAGGGCAGAACCCGGGCGGCCCGAGAGGCCUGCUGUGCCCAGAGAGCAACAGAGCAAGAGGGAGAGGCACAGAGGGGAGAGGCCAGGCCCCAGAGGCCAGGGCAGGCAGUCAUGCAGUGGCUCACAGGAACCGGCAGAGGAAGCCUGUCAUCCACUCCAUGGCUCCAGGGGGCCUAGGGGCUUCAGCCGGAGACCAGAGCGAAGACCUGGUGGGAGGCACAGCCAGGAGUUUCCAAAGCCUCACAGCAGAAGCAGGGCUGCUGCCUUGGCUGAAAGAAAGGAGCUGUGCCCUGAAGACCCCUCACCUGUAACAGACGCAGUGGACUUGAAAGAGGAGCGCAGUGAUGUGGAGAGAUGGACCCCAGAGGAGGGGGCUGAGGCCCGGGGCAGGGAGAAGGAGAAUCUGGCAUUCAACCGCAGCGACCACAGAGCAGCUCCCAGCUGGCAGGGCCACCACAGGCCCUGGGAUUGUGGAAGGUGGGAGAGGUCCAGAGUCCAGGAGCGUGGUUCCUACCCCAGAGCACCAAGAGGGCGAGGAGUGUUCAGGCCCAGUGGACGACAAGAAGCCCAUCUCCUUGAGAAGGAGAGUGGCUCCUAGCAGGAGUGGUGAGGGCCUGGGCUGGGGUAGGGAAGGGCUGUUUCUGGGGAGAACAGUGAAGGCUCUGGUGGAGCAGUAGCAAGCAGACGCCAUACCCCUUGGGAGGGAGGAGGCAGUUGGCAUGUGGCACAGCUUGGGACAGGGUAUGUGUGGAAUGAAGCAUCCUGGCGUGAGUGACUGGCUGUCACCAGCGUUGGAGAAGCUGACUCCUGAUAGAUGAUGUAAGCCAUGGUCUCGCGGGACCCAGGGGACAGAGGAAGCGUGACUGGGGACCUGCAGCCAUCAUCCCUGUAUGUGAGCUGCCAGGAAACGUGCACACCUACAGAGCAAAUGGACUGAGCCUAGCGUGUUGCAACGGCAGAGCCAGUGUCAUGGCAGGACUUUCCCUGGAUGCCAGCAUCCCGUGGAGCCGUGGUGGUGCCAAGUGAUGAGGCUGUGCCAGGGCAGCAGCCUGGAGCUCAGCUUGCUGUGUCUCCCAUUCCUUCUCAGAGCGCCUUCUCAACUGCUGUCCCUGUCCCUUGGAGACAGCAUUGCUUCUCCUGCAGCCCUGACUGCUGUUCAGCUGAUGGGCUCAGCCAGGCAAGUCUUUUGUACGACAGGACAUUUCCCAGUCCCAGCCAGGAGAGCUAAAUUAAGCUUAAGUCAAUGCAUUGUCAUGUCAGGGCUGUCUGGUGGCUGAGCCUUCGGGUUGGCUCCUGCUCCCCCAGGCAGCCUGAAUUUAGCUGGAGCUCCUGCCCUGUCCUUCAGCUGCUUUUGUGCAGACAGAAGCUGAUGGAGACCUGGGAAGAGCACUCUGCUUUGUGACCUGUAUCUGUCAGGAUCCCUCUCAAAGGCCAGGCCAGGUUGUCUCUUGGAGCUUCCAACAGCCCGGAGUGAAAACAUGCCCCAAUACUUUGGAUACUCUUUCUUACUCUCUUUUCAUCUUUGAGCUGAUCUUGCUUCAAAGAAAUGAGGAUUUGCUGUUUAAACUAACUUGGUGCCGUUCCUUCUGCUGCUGCUUCACAGAUUUAAUGUGUCCCACUCCACAGCCAUGAUGGGUGAUCCCAAGCUUCUGAAGUGGGACACUGGUAUUAAAUUUGUUGGGUCUUCUCCAGAGCCUGCUCCCUUUGUUUUCUCUGACCUCUCGCUCCUGUUCUUUGCUGUUUGGAGCGAAGGUGUUGAUCCCUGGUAUUGCUCACUCCAGGCCCUGCUUUGCCUGACUCGGUGUAAGCUGUCUGGCUUACCUGGACAGUACUGACUCCUUCACACUUGUUUGUGCCUUGUGCCCCCCACCUCUCUUUUGGCCACACAUGGGUUGUUAUUGUCUUUCUUCUCCCACUGAGUGCAAAAAUGUCCAUGCUGCGAUGGACUUGUCAGGUGAGAUCCCUGGGAAACCAAAGGCUGUGUGCUGGCUGGAAGGGCAUUUGCGCUGUAUCUGCCUGGCUGAUGCUUUGGCACGUGAAUGGUGCACGAAAGCGUUCUCUUGAAUGGGUCCUUCUCACCUCCUGCCCCGCUCUCUCCAUGCCUGGCCUUGUCCCGAAGGAGUUAGUUUAACCCGCUGCCCAAGAACCUUCUGUGCUUAGAUUUCCAACACUGGCCUGUUUUCAACCCUAAUGCUGUAAAAGCAUUAUUUUUUUUUAACUCCUUGGUCUGAACCUACACUACCUGUCCUGGGCUUGGGGAUAUGAGCGCCAGAUGUUGUGCCCUGCUGGGGAUGAGGGCUGAGCACUCGCUCCCUGAAGAAAGCCCAGAUUUUUCUUCAGUGCUUGCUCUGUCCUUGCUCCAGCUAGUUUCUGGGUGAACAGCCUGUCCACACUUGGGUGAAAAGGUGUAAACUUUAUCUGAUGUUGGUGCUUGUUCUGCUGCCUCCUGCCUUCACUUUUGAAAUUGCUGUACUCCAAGAAAGGCAUUUGAUCAUGUCCUGACAGAAACACGAAGAUCUCUGCCCCUUGCAGCAGCUGAAGCUCCUUGGCUUCCUCCAGCGAGCCAGACUUACUCUCAGCAGGAAAGCUGCUGUGGCCAGUGUUUGGAGCAUGGGAAUUUAGCCAUGGAAAUUGGAGUGAGUGAGGACUUGGGUAACUUCAAUCAAAUGCCAGACGUGUUAGAGGGGAGGCUAUUUUCCUGGGAGUAGGGAUUUAGGAAGGUCCCUCACCUUUUUGACUCACUGCUGUCAGCCUGGAGCAGAGGACAUUUUGCAAGAGCACUGGAAACAUAUGUGGGCUAAACAAAACAAACCUCUGGGUUGGAGGGGAGGAAUGGAGUCUGCACCCUGCCCUGGGGCUCCUUGCUUGGUGUCCACCUGCAUCACCCACCUACCUCACAGGGCUGUUGUGGGGCUUAAUGGGCAAAAGCACUCAUGCUGGGCAGAAGGGCACCAGCGACAUCUGUAGCAUUAACACUAUUAAAAGCAAGCAGAGUGA